AUGGCAGAGGUAGAAGCAAGAAGAGAGAGACAGCAUUUCUGGCGACGCUAUUUUGGGAGAAGCAAACCAAGACCACCAUCGCGACCACCAUCGAAACCAAGGUCGAGGUCGAGGUCGAGGUCAAGGUCAAGGUCAAAAUCGAAGUCAAAGGCAAGUGAUCAGAAGUUUGAGUCUCAAGAUUAUAAAUAUCACACAAUUAGGAGAUGGAAAAACAAGAAGGUGCCUGAUCCCCCAAGGAGCAUCGCGAGAAGAACUGGAUCGAGUCCAAUACGCCAAGAUGCGUCAUUCGAUUCGGUCUGCAUCACACCAGUUACUUAUGGAACAGCAAGUCCACCUGGGAUUCCUGUUCUAUUUGAAGGCUCUAUCAGAAACAGACCUUGUCAUCAGUGUUCAGAGGACCUUCACCUUGACGGCUGUGAAUGUCCAAGUCAAGUGCAGUUCCGUCAAUUCAGAGAGACCAUCAGAUCAGAAAGGUUCAUCAGUGACGGAAAAGAUAUCAGCCAGGAUCUGUCAUUUGGAUUAGGCCAUCAUCGACAUGACAGUGGAAUUAGUAUAUGUUCCACUACAACAGAUGAAUACACCGAUAUCGACACCGAUUCAGGCAGUGAAAGAGUGCCAGAUGAAGAUAACUUAGGGUCAGAAUUGGAACUGGACGACGGGAAUCCAGAUAUAACAGAUAUAUCACUGGUUUCGUUUGGAAGAUCUGACUGGGAAGGAAACAGCAUGAUUAAAAGACUCGAGCUUUCAGUUUUAUCCCUGCUGGGAAUCAAUACUGCCUCUAAGAAGGAUAACCUCCAAGAGAACAGUCCACCCAGAAAUCAGUCCAAACACGAACACACUACCCUUUCCUCACGGUUUCUACAAUCCCAAGAGAGCAUCAACUCUCUGUAUGGCCAACAUGCAGAAGUAUAUAUAUAG